AGUCAACGGGCGGAGGUCAUCCAAUGGCUGACGACGUUACUGACGGCGAACCCCACCUCGCAGCCAAUCAGAGGCGCUGACGCUGACGCACUUUAGCGGGUACACUUUCGGUCUGGAAGCGGCAGCGCAGCUAAGUUAGCGAGCUUUGUUUCAGAGAACACAAACUCAAACCCAUUCACACAGCGGAGUCACUUUAGAUAACGAGCUAUGUAAGUUUUUAGAAACGUACGCAGCAUGCGGGGUUUCACGCGGGGUUUCAUGCGGGUCUUUCUGCGGGUUUUCUUACUUACUAAUCACAAAGCUAACUAGCCACCGAGUGCUAACUGACAUCCUGACGAUGCGUCUCCGUGGAUCGGUGUCCUCCUCUGUCCACACGGCACACAGCUCCUAAAACAAGAGAAAUAAUCAACGUUUGGGAUGGCGGUGGCUCCCGCCGUGAUGGCAGAUAAGAUCAUAGUCCUGGAUGACGAUGAAGAGGAGAGCCCUCAGCCCUCCUGCUCUGCCUCUACCUCGUCCGCUCAGGAUCAGAAAAAUGUGUCGCCACUCAAAGCUCAGCAGCCCGUCACGACCCACAUCACUGAGUCACCUUUCGCCUCAGCCAAGAAGAAGGCACAUGUUCUGCAGGCGGAGAAUGAGAAGCUGUUCGCUGAGUUUGUGCAGCACUGCUCAGCUUUCACGCAGGACUGCCCCGAGGUUCUGACCUUUCUCCAAACCAAGCAUUCUAAGGCCUGCCCCGACUAUCUGUCAUCUGUGGAGUUCAGGAACACCUUGGGACGAUGUUUGACUCGCACCCAGACAAACCGCUCCAAAACCUUUGUCUACAUCAACGAGCUGUGCACUGUACUCAAGCAACAUGCAGCCAAGAAGAGGCAGACCCUCACCAAGGUUGAGCCUGGGCCUUGUACCUCAACAUCAGGUUCUCUCCAGUCUACCUCUUUUAUGCCCAAAAGUGAAGACAAGACUGAUGCUGAGGAGGAAGGGGUGAAACAGGCAGCGGAGGAUAAACCUUCCACCUCAGAGCAGCGGCAGGGCGGGGAGGGCGAUAAAAAGGAGGAACAGGAAGCAGAGAAAAAGGCAAAGAGAGCAUCCAGGAAACAGAUAGCGUACCUGGAGAACCUUCUGAAGGUGUACAACGAAGAGAUCCAGCGCCUGCAGCAGGCCGAGCUGAGUUUAGAUGAACUGGAAAAAGAGGAAUCUUUAUACAUCCAGGAGCACAAGCUGAAACGCAAGAUGAUGAAGAUUUAUGAAAAACUGUGUGAACUCAAGAGCUGCAACACACUAACGGGCCGAGUCAUCGAGCAGAGGAUCCAGUACAAGAGCACUCGUUACCCUGAGAUCAACAAAAAGAUUGAGCGGUUCAUCAACAGUCCUGAGGCACAGAGGAACCCUCCGGAUUACCAAGACAUCCACCAGCUGGUGCUGCGUGCCAACGAGCGCCACAACUUGUGCCUGAGCAGAAAACAGCUGAAGGAGAUCGCCCAGGAGGCUUUCAGAGAGACCGGGGGACGCUUGCAGGAGAGACGUCACCUGGACCUGGUGUACAACUUCGGCUCGCACCUUACUGACUCCUACAAGCCUGCGACAGACCCAGCUCUGUUGGACCCCGCGCUACUGCGGAAGCUUCGAUCUAACAGAGAAGUGGCUAUGUCCCGUCUGGAGGACGUCAUCACAAAGUACGCCGUAAAACAGGACGACUCAGAGGAGCAGGAGAGGACCAAACGACUGAAGAAAGACCGCAAGGAAAAAGAGGGCCACAAAUCAGAAAGGGAGGAAGAAGAAAAUGAAGGGGUGAAUGGAGAGGCAGAGGAGGAGGAGGAAGAAGAAGAGGUGGAGGAGGAUGACGACGACGAAGAAGAUGAAUCAUCAGACCCAGACAUCGAGGAAGAGAUCCAGGCCAGCACUCAGCAGGAUGGACCAGACGAUGGCGACAAUGAAGACGACAGUAAUGAGGCGGAACAAGCGGCUGAUGGUACCAACAAGGAAGAUCAGGCAGACGAGGUGUCGGGAAGCGUUUCUGCAGGGGAAGAGCAAAGCAUGAAAGAUGAGGACGACGAGCCAACAAGUGGACUCAGUCCUCUUUCUGAUGAAAGCAAGUCUCAAACGUCUCCGCAGUCUGACGUCCCCUCCCCGAGACACAGCCCCAGCCAAUCAGAGCCAAAGCAGUCUGAUGACCAGACGCCGCUGUCCAAUGGUAAACUCACAGGACUAGAGGAGCCUGUGGAUUCUUCCAAUCAAAUCUCAGUCGUGCUGGUAAGCACCAGCAAAGCCACUAAAGACCCUGCAGACGUGUCUGUAGCAGCCAAUGGGGUGUCUGUGCCCCUCUCACCGGUGAUCAUAGUAGAAAGAUGUAAAACGCAGACGAGCAACGGCACGUCACCGCCUCCCAGCCCCAGAACUACGAGGAGCCAUAAGAGGAAGAGGGAGGAGAUUACUUCAGGGAACCCCCGAAAUACAAAGCACACGAUCAUCCAUGACAGCGACGCAGAUAUUCCUCUGGACAUGGGUGUUUUUAACUGCAGUCCUCCGCAGCAAGCCGAGUCAACCCGAGCGGACACUCCAACCCAGGAAAUUGUGAGCAGCUCACAGCUGACGCCGCCUCCCAAGAAAAACAAGGUCAACGUGGCGACUCAGUGUGACCCCGACGAGAUCAUCGUCCUGUCAGACUCAGAAUGACCUUUCACCUUUUGACUUACUGAGCUGCAAGAUUCUUCCACACGACACCUGUAUUCUGGGACAGACUUUCUUUCUAAGGCUUUCCUGCACCUGCGAAAAGGAGAAAAAGAAAAUCUUUUUAUUAUUUUUUUCAUGGUGAAAUUGCUGAAAUACGUUUUUACCAAAACCUACAGCAGGAACACAGGGAAAACUAUGAACUUAGUACCUCAUGUCACUCGAUUACAUUACCACACGAACGCAAAGACGACAAAGUGUUUUUGUAAAGGACUUAAAUAAAAUAAUUGUAUAAUAACAUUUGAAAGAAAGCUGCUUAUACAGGACGUUUCUCUUUGUAAUAUCAAGGUUUUGGGAGCCGCCGUCUCUGAGGAGAAACAUGGCUGCAGUAAAGAUCCGAAUCUUUGUGAUCCAAGCGGCCAAACUACUGUUGCCGUGUUUCCUGCCUUUUAGUGCUACACGAUAAGGUCCAGUUGGUCGUAGCACCGAAAUAAGUUUUUUGCUGAAAACACUUCCCUUGGAAUGAUUGUCACUUGACCUGAACUCUUGUCAGUGUGGUUUAGAAACCAGUGCCUGAAAACAUGAAGCGUGCCGUCAGACGCGACGCCCGGACGGGGAGGUUUGUUUUCAUACUUCAACUGGCGAGCGACACCGGUUUGUUUACAUUUUUAUAUUUCAAUCUUUUUUCAUAAAGGACAGGGAAGUGGUGCUCUGUACUGUAGACAGCAUUCUUUUAUUUGCUCUUGCUAUUUAUGCAUUGAAUUAUGAGGUGUCGUUUAGACACAAAUGCUUGAUGGACAAACCUGGCAAUACUCUGAGUUUUUCUUAUUGUCAACAAAUCCCAUGAAAAGGCCAAAGAACAUAUCACCCACCUGCUGCUGAGAUACUCACUGGAGCACCCAGCUGAAAAUAGUCCCAUACAAAUACACCAUUACUCCUUUUUGAGUAACUAAAACCUACAAUAUCCAGCUGUUUUUAGGAAAUGACUAAAGGUGAGAUAUAUAUUUAUAAGUUAGCUUCAGUCUGAGGGCAGGUAAAGACGUGGUAUAUGGUGUGUUUUGGACUUUGCACAGGCUUUGUUGAUGAUAAUAAUAUUAAUAAUAAUGAUGGUAAUGCCAGCCUCAUCCUUUAAGUAGCUGUAGAACAGAAGCAAAGGCAGGUAAGUUAAGAACAGAGUUGACUCUCACCAUGACAAUGAAAACUUGUAGGUGUAUUUCUGCCCGGCCCUGAAACUGCAGAUACAUUCAUUCACCUGGUCGUCAUUGUUUAGGCCCAGCCUUAAUUAAACACAAUGCAUUAAUAUUUGCCUAAAUCCAAACAAGGGGAAGGGAAAUCUAGUUUUAUUCUGACACUGGUAAUUAUUCUCUUUCAUACAAAUUCUCAUUAUCUAAGUUCUUAGUUUUUAUUUUACAUUUCUGUUCCCGCCUGUCGACGUUGGCGAUUCGGAUACAUUAAAAUUUAAAUUUUCUACAUCCCUGCUGAAUUUAGAAUAAAGUUUUUUUUCUCUAGUUGUAUGUAUGUUGGAGGUGUUCCACUUCAGAUCUCCAGCAUUCGGUGAAUGAGUUUGUUGUUGUCGUUUCUGCGGCUUUUCUAUUCAGAGCACUGAUGUUUGCAGUAAACUUCAGUUUUAUUGUUGUUUUUUUAUAAUUCUUAUUCCAAACCUUGUUUAUGUUUUUUCCCCCUCCCAAAUUGAAUUUUUAAAUCAAAUUUAACAACACGGGUGAAAAUAUAUUUUGGGGUGAAUAACCUUUUUUCAAAGUUACUAUGUAGACCAGGAAUGUAGUCAUCGUAGCUACGAUCUUCCAGGCCUCGUUUGUGCAGAGGAGGGAUCCAUCGUUCACUGUGAACCUUUUCUUUUUCAUUUUU